CUCGCGGAUAACGAAUUGUCCAAAUGGACAGCUGUCAAGCUUGUGGUUUUUGCACUCAAAUAACGAGCAGAGUGUGCCUUGGCAAACCUCAGUUUCGAGUAAGCAAAGUAAAAUUGGCUUUGAGAAAUCACAAACUUGUUGGAAAAAGGAUACGACGAUCAUUUUCUACAGAUCCAGUUGAAAACGUUACGAGUGGCUUGAGCAGAGACUUUCCAAACCAAAAUCAUCUUCGAGUUGCCCAUACUGUGAGUCGAAAGAAGAUUAGCCUUGUUGGUUACGUAAAAAGCAAACCGUUGCUAAGCACUUUACAGACAGGACAGAUGAUGUCGAGUUUAAGUCUGAAAGUUCAUAGUAUUGUCUUGGAGAAUAAGUUUCCAAAACUUGCAAGUGAAAGCCGCAAGUUUCCUGAAAACUUUCUUUUAGAAUUUUUUGGUCGUGUUGCUUAUGUGGUUGUCCGAAGAGUAGAAGAAGACUGCAAAAUAAAAGUUUUUGGUCGUUUAGGAGUUAGAAAAGAAAGUGGUAGUUUCAACGAAGUUGCUGGAAGCAAACCAGUGUUAAUUUGUUCUUCUUUUGUCUUGUUGGAGUCAAAGAAGGAAUCUGAUGGAAGAGAAGAAGAGUUUCAGGAGAUAAAGGAACCCUCAAUUAUUUUGAGAAAACCUGAAGAGUUGUGUGACGCCUCAAUUUUAUUUCCUGAGGAACAUUCAAUGUUUUCGUCAUCGUUGCAGUAUCGCCAGGAUGAGAAUUUAGAUAAUUUUGAACAAUAUAACAGACAGGAACAAGACACUCGUAAUGACAGUUUGAGUGACAAAGAUUGGUCACUGUGGGAUAAUAUAUUCUAGAAUAAUAUCGUUUUCUCGUUUAAAGUGUUUGUCCAGGAGUUAUUGGACACUUUAGAUUUCAAGCAUGAAAAUUGAGUGCCUAUCCUAUUGGAGAGGAAUGCAAUGAUAUAUAUUACUUGUGAUUUGAAAGAAAGUUGGAGAAAGAUCUUGAACUUUAGAAGGUCUUCUUUAAGCCGAAUGUUAUUUUCACUCUUAAGCAGUUUUUCACAAGACCGGAGGAUGUCCCAUUUGAUUCACUUUAGAAGCAGAAUUGUUGAGGUGCUUGAGUGUGAUAUAGAAACAGUUUAUUGAAAUCACCUUGAAGAUAAAAGUGUUGGUUCAUUACAUAAAAGGUAUCUUAUAGUUUCCCUUUUAUGGGACGUUUCUUAUUUCCAUUUAAGAAAUGGAAGAUAUUUAGUAUAUCAUUCUCGGGUAUAUCACAAUAUUUGAUGCAUCUGAAGCUUUGUGUAGUAUGAUUAUAGAGUUAGCCAAUUCUACAGUUCCUAUGACCUAAGCUUGAGUAUAUUUAAGUUGCUUUGAAUGAGAGUUUUGCUUAUUAUGAGAAAUGUGAUUAGUAAGUCUUAUAUUCAUUUGAAAAUGAUGUCGUAAGGGCGACUAUAAAUGUUAGUUCGUCUAG